AUGGCACUCUACCAACGAGCACCUUAUGAGACGGCCAACCGUCAAGACCUGGUCGAAGAUGAGUCAGACCGAGAGGAAGAAGCGCUGGUGGAAGACUACAAAGAGCAGGUGCACUUCGACGACGGGAUGAGCGAGCUGGACCGUACUGCUUCGUUUGGAGGUGCAGCAGCCGGAGGUGGACCACAGGAUAUGCAAGCUCAGCUUGCUGCAGCCGCUACGCCUCUGGAGUAUGGAGCAGCGCUGGAUACGAAGUUCGCGAGCUAUGACAAUUACUGCAAUCUUUUCCACUAUAUCCUCAACUCAGAGGGGCCUGUGGACCUUGAAGUGCCUACAUACUACUGGGCAUGGGACGUAAUCGACGAAUUCAUCUACCAAUUCGAAUCCUUCUGCCGCUACCGCAACCGCAUCGCCCGCACUGAAUCCACCAGCGAAGAAGCCCAACUCCUGCGUGAUAACCCUAAUACCUGGGGCUGCUACUCCGUCCUCAAUGUACUCUACUCUCUCAUCCAGCGCAGCCAAAUCAACGAGCAACUCGAUGCCAUGAAGCGAAACGAAGAUCCCAACCAAGUCGCUGGCGAAUACGGCAAUAGGCCUCUUUACCGAAUGUUGGGCUAUUUCUCGAUCAUAGGAUUACUGCGGGUCCAUUGCUUACUGGGAGAUUUCUCGUUGGCACUGAAGACGCUGGAUGACAUUGAGUUGAAUAAAAAAGCCAUGUUUGCACGAGUGAUGGCGGCGCAUUUCACGACAUAUUACUAUGUGGGGUUCAGCUACAUGAUGAUGCGCCGCUACGCCGAUGCCAUUCGCAUGUUCUCGCAUAUCCUCGUCUACGUCUCGCGGACCAAGAACUUCCAGAAGAACGCGCAGUACGACUCCGUCUCGAAGAAGAACGAUCAGAUGUACGGUCUCAUUGCCAUAUGCGUGGCGUUCAAUCCUACGAAGCUGGAUGAUACGAUCCAUACAGCACUGAGGGAAAAGUAUGGUGACCAGCUUGUCAGAUUGCAGAGAGGUGGACCUGAGGCUUUGCCGCUCUUUGAAGAUUUAUUCCGAAGCGCAUGCCCGAAAUUUAUCUCCCCCACACCCCCCGACUUCGACACCCCAGACCUGAACGUCGAUCCCGUAGACCACCAUUGUAAAAUAUUCAUGGAAGAAGUGAAGAACACAAUGUGGUCACCCACCGUCAAGUCAUACCUGAAGCUCUACACCACGAUGGACCUCAAGAAAUUAGCUGGCUUCCUGGAUGUCGAGCCGGAGAAAUUGAGGAGUUGGCUACUUGUGAAUAAGCAGAGGAGCAGGCAGGUGAGAUGGAGCGAAGGGGCGCUGUUGGACGGAGAAGUAGUGAAUGGCAGUGAUUUGGAUUACGCGAUGCAGGACGAUCUGAUUCAUAUCAGCGAGGCGAAGGUGGGAAGGAGGUUGGUAGAUUGGUAUUUGAGGAAUUUGGCGAGGACGUAUUAG